AUGAAGAGUUUAAGGAGGGACGUUUCCUCCAACCCACAAGCUGCCAAUGUCACCAGCAAAGUUUUCGUGAGGUCCACGAAAAGUGGUAAGGUGCAAAAGAUUGUCCGCGAGCUCUAUCUGCGACAGGACAUUCCUUGCUCCUCCAAGCUUUGUUCACUAUGCCCCUCGAUCGCCCCAGCGGAUGCCAAUGGAAAUAUUGCGCCGUUCGUUCUCUCCGACCGUCCCGCCGGUACGAAAGCCUUCCCGCGCGGCCAUUACCUUGUUCCCGACACCAAUGCGCUGUUGAAUGGAAUGGAUCUUUUCGAGCACACCGGAGCAUUCUACGAUGUCAUUAUCCUGCAGACCGUCCUUGAAGAACUCCGAAACCAGUCGUUGCCCCUCUACAACCGUCUUCUUUCUCUGAUCAAGACCGAUGAGAAACGAUUCUACCUUUUUUUCAACGAGUUCCGCCUUGAGACCCACGUGCGGAGAGGCCCAGAAGAAUCCAUCAAUGACCGAAACGACCGAGCCGUUCGCAUUGUGGCAAGCUGGUACAGUGAGCAUCUCAAAGCGUCCUUCCAGAAAAGCAAGAAAGAGAAAUCAAUCCCCGCAAUCGUUGUUAUCACAGACGACAAGGACAAUCUUCGCAAGGCUAAAGAAGAGAAUGUCUCCGCAUUAUCGCUUUCGGAUUACGUGACCGGUCUAGAGGACUCGGCGAAGCUGCUGGACAUGAUCAGUGAAGCCAGGGAAGCGCGGGAUGCAAAGGGCUCUGUUCGCGGGCAGAUGUUCUACCCUGAAUACUACACCAUGUCAAAAAUUCAGACGGGCUUGCGCGCCGCAAACUUGCAUCAAGGUGUUUACAAUGUUUCGCCUUACAACUAUUUAGAGGGAUCUGUCAACGUUCCAGCCUUUGACAAACCGCUCCUAAUCCUCGGACGUGAUAACAGCAACCGUGCGAUCGCAGGAGAUAUUGUUGUCAUCGAAGUGCUUCCUCAAGAUCAAUGGAAGUCUCCUUCAACAAAGAUUGUUGACGAAGAAGCGGUGACCCGAAAUGAUAACCCCGACACAGAAGAAACCGAGGCUGUCGUCACAGACCGAGAGCGCAAGGCUCUCCAAGAGGAGGUCAAGAAGGCCCAUGGCAAGCACUCAGAAGGAAAGCCACAGCCUACUGCGAAGGUCGUGGGUGUGAUUAAGCGCAAUUGGCGCCAGUAUGUGGGACAUGUGGAUUCGGGCUCUACUGGCUCUCAGGUUGCGUCGGGUCGCCGACAGCAAACUGUGUUUGUGCUACCCAUGGACAAGAAGGUUCCCAAGAUUCGGGUUCGCACACGACAGGCUGCUGAUCUGCUCGGCCACCGCAUUCUCGUAACCAUUGACGCCUGGGAUCGGGAUUCACGCUACCCUUCUGGUCAUUUCAUUCGUUCCCUAGGUGAGCUCGAAACCAAGGGCGCAGAGACAGAAGCUCUUCUUUUGGAGUACGAUGUGCAGUACAAGCCUUUCCCCAAGUCUGUCCUGGAUUGCCUGCCAUCAGAAGGACAUGACUGGAAGGUCCCCGUAUCAAAGGAAGACAAGGGCUGGAAUGGCCGACGCGACCUUCGUGAUUUGCUUAUUUGCAGUAUCGAUCCACCUGGAUGUCAGGAUAUCGACGAUGCCCUUCAUGCACGUCUCUUGCCCAAUGGGAACUACGAAGUUGGUGUGCACAUUGCAGAUGUAUCACACUUUGUCAAGCCCAACAACCCUAUGGACCUGGAAGCCAGUGUUCGCGGAAGUACCGUGUAUCUGGUCGACAAGCGUAUUGAUAUGCUUCCCCAUCUCCUAGGAACAGAUUUGUGUUCCCUGAAACCCUAUGUUGAGCGAUAUGCCUUUUCCGUUAUCUGGGAAGUAACUCCAAAUGCUGAGAUUGUUUCUUCGGAUUUCACCAAGUCUGUCAUUCGUUCUCGAGAAGCAUUUAGUUACGAACAGGCCCAGCUCCGCAUCGACGAUGCAUCUCAAAAAGACGAGUUAACUGAAAGUAUGCGAAACCUAUUGAAAUUUUCGAAAAUCCUUCGUCAAAAGCGUUACGACGCCGGUGCUCUGAAUCUCGCAUCUCCCGAAGUUCGCAUUGAGGCUGAUGCCGAUGAAGUUGGUGAUCCCCUGGCAGAUGUUAAGACCAAAGCAUCCCUUGCAACCAACAGCUUGGUUGAAGAGUUCAUGCUUCUCGCCAACAUUACCGUUGCCUCAAAGGUUUUCCAAUCAUUCUCUCAAACCGCUUUACUGCGACGACACGCCACACCUCCACCACAGAACUUCGAAGACCUCAUCAACCAACUAUCCAAGAAGCGCAACAUGGAACUGGAUGUCUCCAGCUCCGGUGCCCUUGCUAGUUCCUUGGACAAGUGUAUUGACCCAAAGAACCCGUUCUUCAAUACCCUUGUUCGUAUUCUCGCAACUCGAUGCAUGACGUCAGCCGAAUACUUCUGUGCCGGUGCUCAUGCUGAGUCUGAGUUCCGUCAUUAUGGUCUUGCGUCCCCCAUCUAUACUCACUUUACUUCACCCAUCCGUCGAUACGCCGAUCUGCUUGUACACCGACAAUUAGCUUCCGCCAUCGGCUACGAGGGUGAAGACGGCCAUGCCGGACUUGAAGGUGUUGCUACGCGCAGCAAGCUGGAUGAUAUCUGCCGCAACAUCAACUACAGACAUCGCAACGCACAAUUCGCUGGCCGCGCCAGUAUUGAAUACUAUGUUGGCCAGGCGCUCAAGGCCCGCGGAGAGAAGAUGGCCGCUGGCGGCACUGAUAAGGGAGUGGAUGAGGAGGGCUACGUGAUGCGCGUCUUUGAGAAUGGUGCCGUGGUUUUUGUUCCUCGCUUUGGUAUCGAAGGUGUUGUUCGAUUGGAGGAUUUCGUCCUUCCUGGUGAAUCCGGUGCUUGGUCCGUUACCCAGAGACGGGAACUCGCGCCCCAUCGCACAACGGACUUCGAUCCUGAGGAGUACACCCUUCGUGUGGAAGAAAAGGGCCACUCGGAGAAGGAACGGGGAGUUCUUGUUGAACUCUUCCAGAAGGUCAAAGUGAAUGUCAGCUCGGUCAAGGAAGAAGGCCGUGGCGCUGGCAAGAGAAGGGUUCGGGUCCUCAUUACUGGCUCAUCUGACGAAUAG